UUCCCCUCCUUUUCUGAAUGGGGAGAAUGGGAUUAACUAAGUUAGCCAAAUUGCUCACUUGUCUGGAAGUGGUAUGAACUUUUCCCCUUUCUGCUUUCAAAUUCAUUUUGGCUUUGCGAGUUGGUAGCGGGAAAUGAGUCUGAACUGAUCAAAUCGCCUGUUAACAACUGACAAGAAAUCUUUUUUUUAAGGGAGUAGAAACCUCGAAGGAUUCGACUUCCAGAAACAUGACCGCUGGACUGCACCCGGGCCCUCUUCUGAUGCUGCUCUCUCUCCUCCCCGUCUCUGAGGAGACCUGCCCGUCCAUAUGUCUUUGUUUAUCUGACACAGUGAGCUGCAGCUCCAGUGGUCUGGCCAAGCUCCCUCGGACCCUGCCCUCCUCCUCCGUCACCCUUGACAUCAGCCACAACCACCUGUCCUGGCUGGGUCCGGGCAGCUUCAACAAAAUGCCCAGACUGGAGAACCUCAGGAUGGCCCACAAUCAGCUCAGUGCCCUGGGCCAUGGGGUGUUUCAAAAUGCCUCUGGCCUCAGGCACCUUGACCUCUCCUCCAACAAGCUGCAAGUGGUGGAGCAGUACUACUUCCAGGGGCUGUGGAGGCUGGAGGAGCUCCUUCUUUUCAAUAACAAGAUCACUCAGGUGGAAGCCAGCGCACUGAGCGGGCUGAGCAGCUUAAAAAAGGUCUACUUCAGCUUAAACCAGAUCACACACUUCCCUUUCUUCUCCAUCCAAGACCACAGUCAUCCUUUCCUGACCAUGCUGGACCUCUCGUCCAACCGCAUGAGUCGUCUGCCCUGGGAGGAUGUCAAAGCUUUGCCCGGGUUGGUGCAGCGGGGGCUGUAUCUCCACAACAACUCUCUGAUCUGUGACUGCUCUAUGUACAGCAUGUUCUGGCAUUGGGAUCUGAGGGGUUAUGACUCACUAAAGGACUUUACGGAGGAGCACACCUGCUCCAUCUACGGGGACCCGCGAGCAGCUAUACGGUUCCUGCAACACAACCGCUUCUUCCACAACUGCACGGUGGAAAAAGCCGUCUCGCAGCCUGUGACCGUUCUUCUCUCCAGUGUGUUGGUUUCAGAGGGGGAGACAGUGCGUCUCGACUGCCAAACAUCCCUGAGUAGCAACACUACAGACCUCUCAUUUACAUGGCUCUCCCCCAGCAAGGGGUACAUCACCCAGACUAGCAUAAAUGACACACUAAUUAGCCUGUUUCCAAAUGGCUCCUUGGAGAUCCCAGCUGCCAAGGUCAAUGACUCAGGUCUGUACGUGUGCACAGCUGUGGAUAUUAAACAGGCACUGAACGCAACUCGUGAGGUGAAUGUUACAGUGCUGCGGCCUGCAGGAGAGUCAUUCAACACCGGCUACACAACAUUGCUGGGCUGUGUGGUGACCAUGAUCUUCAUCCUCAUGUACCUCUACCUGACCCCAUGUCGCUGCAGCUGCUGUAAACAGCCCAAACCUGCAGAUAUCGCCAUUGCGACCUACGACCCCAGCACCCUAAUUCCUGUUUUCUCCCACUCCCCAGGAGUCCAUCCCAAAAUGCAUUCUGAUAAGCAUGUAGCAUUCAUGGAGCCUAUGUUAAGUGAGGAAGGAACAGAAUGGACACCUGAAAGUUAAUUCUGAACUGGGAAGCUUUUCCUGUCCUUUAAUAUUUGGAGGUGGACAGAAAAGACUUUGGGACAAUACUCGGGACUUGAGGGUUGAGCUGUCAUUAGAAAUGAGUGUUGAUGCCAUAAAAAAGUAAUAUCUCCUGUACCAAUUCUGCUCUUCUCUGUCAUCUGGCGCAGUAGUUGAAAUGAGAGUUUCAAUUUUGGUUUAUUACCCUCAGUCGACUGACACUGCUAAAUCAGAAGAGAGCCAUUAUCAGCCCUAUAAAAAUCAGCUAAUAACAUCUCUGUGAUCUCAGGUACAAUGGGGCGGGGGCAUUUCUCAUGAGAUCAGCGGAUGAAUCUGGCUCAUUUUUCACAGGAAGUGUUUAACAAGGAUUAAAAGCCCCAGAAAGUGCGGUGAGUUUAUGACUGUAAUGGACCGGAGAAAGUAAGUUCAGUCUAUUUAUCUUGGAUGACUUUAGGUUCUCAAUAAUAAGUUGCACUGCAUCAGACCAUAUCUUAUAUCAUAUACAGCUUCAGCAUUACAAAACCGUUAUCAAACUCCUGAAAACUUCUGUUCCCUGUUUUCCUAAUAAAGGAUUCAGUCCCUU